UUUGUUUACAAAAAGUGAACUUCACUUAAUUGUUGUUAACUCAUCGUUUUCAAUGGUUUAACAAUUAUUGAACAUUUAUUUUGCUUUAUUUGCACUACCUAGAGAGUGAUUAGCUGAGUAUUUCCCUAUCGCUGGCUGAUAAAUUGGGGCGGGUUGAUGAUUUGUUGCGGACUUCCGUCACAAUGUUUUGGAGGUUGGCUCAAACAUUGUGAGCCACCAGAAUGUUGUUGUGGCUGUUGUUCUGCUUUAAGGCCUCGUUAUAAACGUUUGGUUGAUAAUGUUUUCCCUGACAAUCCUCAGGAUGGUUUGGUUAAGAAUAAUUUGGAGAAGCUCACCUUCUAUGCAUCAUCUUCACCUGAAAAAUUGGAUCGAAUUGGAGAUUACUUAGCUCAGAAAACAGCUCGAGAUCUUUCUCGACAUCGAAUGGAGUAUGUCAAACUUGGAAUGGAGGUCAUGGAUCAAAUAUUGAUCGUUUGUCGAGCUCAAUCGCUCAAUCUAUUCGUUGAAAGUUUUCUCAAAACUGUCCAGCAAUUGUUAGAAAGUCAAGAUCCUCAUAUGCAACUUUUAGCUACUCAAUCGUUUGUCAAUUUCGCUAAUAUUGAAGAAGAUACACCGUCUUAUCAUCGACGUUAUGAUUUUUUCGUUUCCAAAUUUUCUGCUCUUUGUCAUAACAAUGAUCUAGAUGAGGAGAUUCGGCGAAUGUUACGAUUAGCAGGUCUAAAUGGAAUCAAAGGAGUCAUUCGUAAAACUGUUUCUGAUGAUUUACAGGCCGAUAUUUGGGAUAAAAAUCAUAUGAACAAAAUUGUCCCAUCGCUAUUGUAUAACAUACAAGAUCGAGAUAUUCUUGCCAACCUCAAGGCCAAGGGAACAAUCCGAAUAGAAUUUGAAAAUGAUCAAGAUCCAUCUCGAAUUGCUGAAGUUUGCUUACGUGAGCUUGUUGGUCGAGCCUCGUUCGGUAAUAUCGAGUUCGUCAUCAGGCCAGUUUUAAAACAUUUAGAUAAUCACAUGCUCUGGGAUUCCUCGUAUCCUGACGGUUUUGCUCCACUUAUUUUCAAAAUCAUCAUGGAUUCAAUUCAACCUCAACAUUACCAUGAAGUGAUACAAAAGCUAAUGAAUCACUUGGAUGAAAAGUGUCGAGCCACAACGGAUGAUACAUCAAUGAAGACUCGUGAGAAAACAGGAAUUGUUAAUGUGCUCUCACAAAUCGUUGCCAUCGCUGCUUCCGAGUCGAUUGGUCCCUCGGUUCAUGUGACUAUUAAUUCACUUCUUAACCAUUUAAGAAAUUCAAUUCAUAAUUGUGAGAAGGGAAAUGAAAGCACUGAAGAUGAAAAACGAUUCCAAGAUUCAGUGAUCAAUACACUUGCUGAAUUUGCCAACAAUUUACCUGAUUUCCAAAAAAUAGAGACAAUGGUUGUCAUAAUUAACAAGGUUCCGCCCAUAUCAUCUCGAAAUCCAGCUGACAUUGAAUUACAAGAUAUCUUGUUGAAAAGUUUACUAAAAGUGAGCUCCAAGUAUCGAACCGUAAACAUGGCCCAAGCAUUUAAAUAUUCAUUUCUACGACCUUUACUCUCAAUUUCCCUCGCCGCUGAUGCAAAGGUCCGUUUAGCAGUUCAACACAUUUUCCACCAACUUCUUGAUCGACAUGAAAAUUUGCCUAAAUUGUUACGACCAUCAAGUUUAUCAUCGUGCCCUGAACUCACUUUAGCCAAAGCCUAUCGUCAAGAUUUAAUGUUCAUGAGUAAACAUGGAUCCGACUUAUUGAUGCAUAUCUACGAGAAUGCCAGAUUUGCGAAUAACACUCAAGAUCAUUUCGACGCUAUUUACACAACUUUGGCUCUUCUAUGUGUAGAAAUGAGUUCUGAAGAUGUUUUAUCUGAACUAUUCCGAAUGGCCUUUGCUCUUCAAGAUUUAACCCUUUCCAGUUCAAAUUCCGCUACAGGUGAACCCAAAGGUCUAUCUGAUUCUCAUAAAUCAGCAAUUCAUGGGACUGUAGCUGGAUUUUUCCAUCUCACUGCCGGACUCACUGCGAUUCCACUUCUCUGUUCUCAUGUCGAGCAAACCAUUGCUGCUCGAAAAGAAAAGUGCCCCUCCAUGUUACCUGAAUAUCAUCGUUCCAAUUCUAGUGGUAAAUUAAGUCUCUUUGAAUUAGACAAGGAGAAAAAGAUCUCAGAUGAAAUAUCAGAAGACCUUUUAUUCAGUAAAACAAUUAUAGCUGAAUCAUUAAGAAGCUCUGGUCAUGAUACAACUCGAUUAUUAACUCCGUUUGUAUCAAGUAACGUCGUUGUUGAUGCUUCCAUGUCUCGAAGUACCAGUGAUUUAAAUUCAAUCAAUGUUGAUGUAGAUUCAAACAAUUCAUCACCACGAACAUUAAGACGUUUCCCAAAUGAAGAUAUUACCUUUGAAUCUAUCAGGAGGAUUUUGUAUGAACCACCAAGUGUAACGCAAGAAUUGAGGGAGGAAAGAAGACUUCAGAUUCUUGAAAGGUUCGAGAAUGAAUCUUUCGAAUCAUUGAUCGCUCGAACCGAGGAUAAGGGUCUGAAUUUCCAGCAUCAAUUGAAUGACAUUUUCAAUCGAGUGAUACAUGAGGAGAAAAUUGCAACCAAAUUAUUAACUGAAACUUAUUCAUCGGAUAAAAUUGAGAUCACCACUAAUCCAUUUGCUGGUUUAUGUAAUUUUACAAUUAAUCCAAGGAAACCACCAUUGUUUGCUAUCCAAUUUCCGGAUCUAUUUGUUUGUUAAUCCAAUUGGAUAGAUUUUCACAACUGAUCAACAAUUUACAAUAAGAUUAUUUUCAAUUGCAAUGUUACCUCUGUUAUCUUAAUGAAAGUUUAUUGUUAACCCUUGAAAUCCAAAUGAUUAUAAAUAUUUACUUCUGAGAAAACAGAGGUUAUAUCACCUUGUUAAAUGAGAGAAAGAGAUUAUUAAUUUGUUUAAUAGUCUACAAUUAAGUUGAUCACAAUUUCCUUGUCCCAUUUAAAUUGUAUUUCUAACUUUUAAUCACAAACCUUGAAAGGAAAAACUAUUUUCCUUUCCGUCAUGGAGUCAGUUCCUUGAAGAAAUGAGAAUCAUAUGAAUUUAAUGAGAAAACAAAUUCUUCUUUCACUAUUCAUACAUAACAAUUAAUUUAACAAUUUAUUGAUUAAAUUAAUAUAUCCAAUCGAAGGGAAUUUCAAAAAAAGACCAACAAUCAAUUUUAGACUUGAAAAAAAAAUCACUUCGAUUCACAUUUCCAAUUUUAAUUGUCAUUCUAAUUUAAUAAUCAGUUUAGUCAGAAUUAUUUUCAAUCUGUAAUCUCUGUUUUUCUUAUACACAAACAUUAAUCAGUAAAUCCACUAAUGAUUAACUUUGUUAAUUACUCCAAUCAAUUGUAAAACCGAAAACCAAUCAACUUUAAUUGUAUCACUAACAAUUGAAGUUUUCUCAUUCUAUUUGAAUUGUAAAGCUAAUCAUUGUUUCCGCUUCUAUGUUAAUACAAGUAUAAUCUGUAAUUGUAAAUGUUAAUCAAUUUCUGUCAACUAAUUUAACUCUAAUUACAUUUAAUUACAAUUAGA